UGCUGUCUGGUGCUCACUAAAGGGAUUUUUCAUACAGAGGAGGACCGCUGAAGAUGGGGACAUUCGUGGUGCUCUUGGUGCUGCUGGCCUUGGCCUCACACACUGCGGCGAAGCCCAGAAACCGCUUCAUUCGUUACCCGUCGUGGAACAAUAAGAUGUUUCCAAUCUGGAAAGAUGGAGACCCGCGAUACAAAGACUCCUGGAAAGGGGGAAAAGUGACUUUCAAUGUGGGGAACGACUCACCGACUCUGACUGGAGCCAAAGUUACUUUCACCAUCGACUUGGAGUUCCCUCACAACCAGAAGGUGCAGCCUAAUGGAGACGUUGUUUGGGCCGAAGACUGCACAGUCAACGGAACAAAGUACCACCAGUCGGAGCCAGUAUACCCAACUCAGGACACAGACUGGGAGGCUGUGUUCCCCGAUGGGACACCAAUUAAGAAGGACAAGAAGCCAGCCUACGUUUUCGUCUGGAAGACCUGGAGUCAGUACUGGCAGGUGGCAGACGACUCCUCCUCCUCCCUGACCAUCGACACCGAUGACAUCCCACUGGGCUCCUACACCAUGGACAUCGUUAUCUACCACUACCGCAGCAAAGAGAGGUUCAUUCCCCUGGGCUAUGCCUCCACUCAGUUCUCCAUCACCGAUCAAAUCCCCUUCGCUGUCUCCCUGGACCAAGUCAACGACAUCGUGGCCGAGGACAUGCGCUUCAUCCAGAACAGGGCGAUCGCCUUCACCGUCACCCUCCACGACCCCAGCCAGUACCUCGGCAACGCGGACAUCACCUUCAACUGGGACUUUGGGGAUGACAGCGGAGCCCUGAUAUCCAGAGAGCUGAGCGUCACGCACACUUACAUCAACUCGGGCUCGUUCAAGCCGCAGGUGGUGAUCCAGGCGGUGAUCCCGGAUAAGGCCUGCGACCCGCCAGUCGACACCCCGACAGAGGCCCCGGGUCCAACCACUCACAAGGGCCCCACAGUGAAAGCUGCUGCUCUGGCGUCUGCUGUCCCCAUACUGGUCUCAACCAAGGCCACUGGUCUGACUGUCAACUCGGCUCCUUCGGACACAGAGGAGGACAACGCUGAGGACGAGGCCUCCACCGCGCCCAACGCUCAGUCGGCCCGGGAAGCGGCCGCGGUGGCCGAGACUCCCUCCCUCGUCAAUCGCGUCAACAAAAUGCCAGCUGACCAGGAGGCACAAACAGGUGCGAAGCCUGCAGUGACCCUGACGGGCCGCGCUCCAGCGGCGGUCGUUGCUAAGAGGGAUGCUGAAGAUGCACCGUCCGACGACGACUGCGUGAUUUACCGCUAUGGCUCCUUCUCCACAGGCAUCGAAGUGUGUGAGGGCAUUGAAAAAGUAGAGAUCGUAAAAAUGGACAACGCUGUGAUGGCAGCACCGGACACGAAGAGAAAUGUUUUGGAUGUCACUGUGACCUGCCAGGGAAGCCUUCCAAAAGAGGUGUGCAGCAUGAUUCUGGAUGCAGAGUGCUUGAGGCCGAUACACACAAAAUGCAACAUGGUGGAGCCCUCCAUUGAUUGCAAGCUGCUCUUGCGUCACUUCUUCAAUGACUCCGGGGUCUAUUGCAUCAACGUGUCCAUGGCCAACGACGUCAGUUUAGCUGUAACCAGUGCCAGGGUCAACAUCGACAUAGGUUCACGUCUGUCCUCUCCUGGCACCAUUGGCAUGGUGUUGGGUGUCCUGGUUCUUGUUCUAGCAAUAGGAAUGGUGGCAUAUUCUUAUAGGCGCUUCAUGUCCUACCGUCCUCUAAAGGAAGACCUGCUUGCUGCAGACCUGCAGGACAGCCGGGCUCACUUCCCUUCUGGAGGCUCUAUGUUCGGGAAGAUUCUGAACAGACAAGAGGCUGUGGACAACUGCCCUCUGCUGCAGGACAGACCGGUGUAAGCCAGGAUGCUACAAAACAAGAAACUUCUGAUUUGCAAGUUUUUUUCACCAGAGAUGUCUUUUUUUACUUUUUUAUUACAUAUUUUCUAGCGAAAACAAAAACUCAUAUGUGUCUAAUAUUUGGGUUUUUGAUCAAAACCUCCUGUAACUAAGACAUGCUCUUAUCUUUUGUACUUUAACGUUUGGUAGUAAACGUGUACACUUUAAUUUGGACAAAAUUGAAUUUUAAUGUUUUCCAAUAAACCUUCCUGAAAACA